AGGGGUAGGCGCGCUCCCGCAUGCGCACUGCGGCCCCUCCAGUUGGCUCGUCCUUGUCCGCUGGGCGGGGGCCCGGCCCCGCCCCUCUCCCGUCCGGGCAGCGGCGGCGGCAGCGGCGGCUGCGGCGGUGGCGGCGGCAGCGACGGCGGCGGCGGUAGCAGCCUGCGCGGUGCCUUCUGGGAACGGAAUCCCCAGGGCUGCCCCUGGCCCCCAUGGCGCAUGCGCGGGAGGCCGCUCGGUGAUCCGCGGCGGCGGCAGCGGCGCUUCCUGCUAGGACCGGCCGGGGCCGUACCGGAGGCUCGGGCUCCACCGACCCUCCUCCCACUCCCUCCCACUCACCCUCUGGGCCGCGACUGCGCAGGGCGGGGCCGGCCGAACCAUGGGCCGCGGUGUGGGCUAAGCCGGCGGCCCCGGCUUUAGACUGGACCCCACAAUGUUUGCAGAGAUGUUCAGGCACGUGGGAGCUGAUUACACACAAUGAAUGGGGGCAAUGAGAGCAGUGGAGCAGACAGAGCUGGGGGCCCUGUGGCCACAUCUGUCCCCAUCGGCUGGCAGCGCUGUGUUCGAGAGGGUGCUGUGCUCUAUAUCAGCCCAAGUGGCACAGAGCUGUCUUCCUUGGAGCAAACCCGGAGCUACCUCCUCAGCGAUGGGACCUGCAAGUGCGGUCUGGAGUGUCCACUCAAUGUCCCCAAGGUUUUCAACUUUGACCCUUUGGCCCCGGUGACCCCGGGUGGGGCUGGGGUGGGGCCAGCAUCAGAGGAGGACAUGACCAAGCUGUGCAACCACCGGCGGAAAGCCGUUGCCAUGGCAACUCUGUACCGCAGCAUGGAGACCACCUGCUCACACUCUUCUCCUGGAGAGGGAGCGAGCCCCCAAAUGUUCCACACUGUGUCCCCAGGGCCUCCCUCUGCCCGCCCUCCCUGUCGAGUUCCUCCUACAACUCCGCUUAAUGGGGCUCCUGGCUCCCUUCCCCCAGAACCACCUUCAGUUCCACAGGCUUUCCCCUCUCUAGCAGGCCCUGGGGGGCUCUUCCCACAGCCAAGGCUUCCUGACCCAGUCCCCUCCGGAGGCAGCAGCAGCCCUUGUUUCCUGCCAAGGGGCAAUGCUCCCUCUCCAGCUCCACCUCCUCCACCUGCUAUCAGCCUCAAUGCCCCCUCAUAUAGCUGGGGAGCUGCUCUCCGAUCCAGCCUGGUGCCCCCUGACUUGGGCUCUCCUCCAGCCCCCCAUGCCUCCUCCUCACCACCUUCUGACCCUCCUCUCUUCCACUGUAGUGAUGCCUUAACACCCCCUCCCCUGCCCCCAAGCAAUAAUCUCCCUGGUCCCCCUGGCCCCCCUGGUCCUGCCACUCAGCCACCAGUGUCUUCAGCCACUAUGCACCUGCCCCUGGUCCUGGGGCCCCUAGGAGGGGCCCCCACGGUGGAGGGGCCCGGGGCACCCCCCUUCCUUGCUAGCAGCCUACUCUCUGCAGCGGCCAAGGCACAGCACCCCCCCCUCCCCCCUCCCAGCACUUUACAGGGCCGAAGGCCCCGUGCCCAGGCACCCUCAGCUUCCCACUCCUCAUCAUCGCCCCGUCCCUCCCGUCCCUCUCAGCGUCGUCCCCGCCGCCCCCCAACUGUACUGCGAUUGCUAGAAGGGGGAGGCCCUCAAGCCCCUAGACGGAGCCGCCCUCGGGCCCCCGCUCCCGCCCCACAACCUUUUCCUCUCCCUGAGCCCUCCCAACCGAUUCUCCCUUCUGUGCUGUCCCUGCUGGGACUCCCCACCCCUGGCCCUCCCAACUCUGAUGGAAGCUUUAACCUUUUGGGGUCAGACGCACACCUUCCUCCUCCCCCAACCCUCUCCUCAGGGAGCCCUCCCCAGCCCAGGCACCCCAUCCCGCCCUCCCUGCCUGGGACCACCAGUGGCAGCCUCAGCAGUGUGCCAGGUGCCCCUGCCCCACCAGCUGCCUCCAAAGCCCCCCUAGUCCCUAGCCCUGUGCUUCAAAGCCCAUCCGAAGCGCUCGGGAUGGGGUCGGGCCCAGCCUGCCCUCUGCCUCCCCUGGCUGGUGGGGAGGCUUUCCCGUUCCCCAGCCCCGAGCAGGGCCUGGCGCUGAGUGGAGCCGGCUUCCCGGGGAUGCUAGGGACCUUGCCUCUCCCUCUGAGUCUGGGGCAACCUCCGCCUUCUCCAUUGCUCAGCCACAGUUUAUUUGGCGUGCUGGCUGGGGGAGGGGGACAACCUCCCCCUGAGCCCAUGCUACCCCCACCAGGGGGGCCUGGCCCUCCCCUAGCCCCAGGCGAGCCCGAAGGGCCUUCGCUUUUGGUGGCUUCCCUGCUUCCACCACCCCCCUCAGACCUUCUUCCACCCCCUUCCGCACCCCCUAGCAACCUCCUUGCCUCCUUCCUGCCCCUGUUGGCCCUGGGCCCCACAGCUGGGGAUGGAGAGGGAUCUGCAGAGGGAGCCGGGGGUCCAAGUGGGGAGACAUUUUCAGGUUUGGGAGACCUGCCCCCCUUGCUGUUCCCCCCCCUUUCAGCCCCCCCCACCCUCAUAGCUUUAAAUUCUGCGCUGCUGGCUGCCAGCCUGGAUCCCCCGUCGGGGGCGCCCCCCCAGCCCUGUGUCCUGAGUGCCCCCCAACCUGGACCACCUACCUCCAGUGUCACCACGGCAACUACUGACCCGGGGGCCUCCUCUCUGGGCAAGGCCCCCUCCAACUCAGGGAGACCCCCCCAACUCCUUAGCCCUCUGCUGAGUGCCAGCCUGCUGGGUGACCUGUCUUCGCUGACCAGCAGCCCUGGAACCCUCCCCAGUCUGCUGCAGCCUCCUGGCCCUCUUCUCUCUGGCCAGUUGGGGCUGCAGCUCCUCCCUGUGGGGGGAGCUCCUCCACCCCUCUCAGAGGCUUCUAGCCCCCUAGCCUGCCUGCUACAGAGUCUCCAGAUCCCUCCAGAGCAGCCAGAAGCCCCCUGUCUGCCCCCUGAGAGCCCCACCUCAGCCCUUGAACCGGAGCCUGCCCGGCCUCCCCUCAGUGCCUUAGCCCCACCCCACAGUUCUCCCGACCCCCCAGUCCCUGAGCUGCUCACUGGGAGGGGGUCAGGGAAACGGGGCCGGAGGGGAGGAGGGGGACUUAGGGGCAUUAAUGGUGAGGCCAGGCCAGGCCGGGGCCGAAAGCCUGGCAGCCGGCGGGAGCCUGGCCGACUGGCCCUCAAGUGGGGGGCACGUGGUGGCUUCAAUGGACAAAUGGAACGGUCCCCAAGAAGGACCCACCACUGGCAGCAUAAUGGGGAGCUGGCUGAAGGGGGUGCUGAGCCCAAGGAUCCAUCCCCUUCUGGGCCCCAUUCUGAGGACCUUAAGGUGCCCCCAGGGGUAGUCAGAAAGUCUCGUCGUGGCCGGAGGAGAAAAUACAACCCCACCCGGAACAGCAACAGCUCCCGCCAAGACAUUACCUUGGACCCCAGCCUCACAACCCGCGCGGCUGUCCCUCUGCCUCCCCGGGCCCGCCCUGGCCGUCCUGCCAAAAACAAGAGGAGGAAACUGGCCCCAUAGCAGCCAUACCUGGAGCUGGAUCUGACCCUGACUGGGGAGAGCUGAGUGCUGAGCCUUGGGAGCCCCUGCCAGCCACGUGCACCUGUGGACAGUGGGUGGGGGCACUACUCCCCACUCAGAGCACAAAUGCAACCCCUUCCCCACAAUCCCAUCCUGAGCCAUUGCAGGGGGUAGGGAGGUCACCCCCUCCCCCCCAAAGCCAUGUCACUGAAAAGGCCUGGGGGGGGGUAUAUGGCCCUCUCCCCACCAGGCUAAGGGGAACACCCCUUUCCCCAGGUCUUUUAUUUGUUUAAGUUAUUUUUGCACAAAUGACUCUUUUAUAUUUAAUUCGACUUCAUUGCCUCCCUUCUCGAAGCCAGCAGGCUCAGUUUACAAACCUGUGAGCUACUGUUGGCUGCUGCCCUCCUUCCCAGUGAAAGGUACAAAGCAAUAAGCAUCAUGCACCCUCCCCUCACCCCUACGACACCCCUCUGCCUCUGGCUCAGGUUGCUCAAAGCACAGAUCCCCUCUUACCCCUGUCCCCAGGUUUGAAACACAUAGCCUCAUUUCAAGGUGUAGCCAGCUUCCCUCUACUUUCCUCUGGGAUAUAAAAAGGGGGUUAGGGGGCAAAGAGAGCCAUCUGGGUCUCUCCUCCCAUACACACUACACUGCCCCUUCUCCCCCCAUCAAAACGCUCAGAGACGUUGUGAUGAUGCGACUGAGGAUUAUGCAACGUGGUCCAACCGGAGCGGCCAGCAUGACCAGCUGUCCAGGGGCUGCCUCCUGCCUUUUCUUUUGUAAAGACAAGACCUUUGGGAGUUUUAAUUCUGUUUUGUACUUGCCCUUUGGGGCCUCCACUGCUUUUCUAUGGGAGACACUCUUAAUUUAACAGAUGAGAAUAUUUUGAAACUCUG